UUGAAUUGACGUAUCGACAGAUCCAAUCAAAUUGACACCGUCGUGGUGACACAUCAUAUACCGAGUUCCUUUACGACACCUCAGAGAAAAAACAUUCACAAUGAAGCACUACGUUCUAUUACUUUGCAUUGUGGCAGCUCUUCGAGAUUCCGAAGCGCUACGUAAAGGAUCCACGGAUUAUGAAGAUAUGUUCUUCUGGCUGAAGUCCGGCCAAGAGACUCUGCACAGAAUCCUGUUGGAGCAGGAAAACGAGAAUCGUGCCAAAAACGUGAUCAUCUUCAUCGGGGACGGUAUGGGCCUGUCCACCAUUACGUCCGGUCGAAUCUUUAUAGGUCAGCUCAAUGGCCAAAGCGGUGAAGAAUACCAACUCGCGUUCGAGAAAUUCUCCAACACCGGCCUCGCCAAGACUUACAACGUAGACAAACAAGUACCGGAUUCGGCAGGGACGGCAACUGCUAUAUUUUCUGGCGUGAAAACCAAAUACAGGGUUAUUGGACUGGAUGCCAGAGCUGAAUAUGGCAAAUGUGAUAAGAAAAUCAACGCAUUAAGCAAAGUCACCACGGUAGCUGACUGGGCACAGCAAUCCGGCAUGGAUACUGGAUUUGUUACCACUACUCGCAUCACCCAUGCCACUCCGGCGGGACUUUACGCGCACGUUAAUCGUCGACAUUGGGAAUGCGAUAGUGAGGUACCGAAGGAUCAACAAUCAUGCAUUAAAGACAUCGCAAGACAACUCAUUGAGGAUGAACCAGGAAGUCAGUUUAAGGUUAUCUUAGGUGGCGGAGCACAACAAGUGGGCUUGAAAUUGAAUACGAGUGAUUCCUCCUGCGAGCGAUCUGAUGGCAGAAACUUAGUAGACGAAUGGCAAGCGAGUCAUCCCAAAGGAAGAACCGUCACCAACAUGCAGGACCUCAUGUCCAUCGAUAUAGCUAACACAUCGCACAUCUUUGGUGUUUUCUCACCUGGUCACAUGCCCUUCCACGCUGUGAAGACUGACGAGAUACCCUCGCUAGCGAAUAUGACGACGCAAGCCAUACGAUUGCUGAAGAAGAACAAAAAUGGAUUUCUGCUAAUGGUCGAGAGUGGCAAAAUCGAUACAGCCCACCACGGCAAUCGGCCGAAACUGGCACUGCGCGAGUUGUACGAACUCGACGAGGCAGUUAAGGUGGCUCUACGGCUGUUAAAUAUAGAAGAAACGUUAAUCAUUGUCACAGCCGAUCACUCGCAUUCGUUUACAAUGAACGGAUAUCCCGAGAGAGGCAACGAUAUUUUCGGUUUCGCCAACGAGUCAUCUAGUUUGGCCUACGAAACGCUGUCCUACGAUAACGGUCCAGGAUUCUUCUAUCAUCGAAGAACCGACAGCAACAACGUCAACGAGACCUGGAGAAAAGUCGAGGAAGAUCAGACUCGCGACGAACCCUUCUACAGGCACUUUGCUGGCAAAUACCUCAGCUCCGAGACUCACGCCGGAGAAGAUGUCGGGGUUUAUGCUACUGGCCCCUAUUCGCACUUGUUCCGAGGUACUUUUGAGCAAAAUUACAUUGCUCACGUCGUAGCGUAUGCGGCAUGCCUUAAAGAUUGGCCGUCUCAUUGUGACAGCGCUUAUCGUCGUUACUUUUACGACGUCAACAUGGCACCACGAAACUUUAAGAAAAAUUUAGCCAGAUAAAACACGGUAUCGUUUGCGAUAAUAAUAACUUUCCUGUUUACGGCAAUCUUUAUACAACUGUGAUAGUUUUUUUUUCCUUAGCCAAUAAAUAACUAAUGAUGCGUCGUGAGAAGAAUUCAUUUCGAGUAAUAAAACAUAUUUAUUUAAGUACAAAAAAAUAUUUAAGAGAUAUCAUUUUCUUGUGUCUUUAUCGAGAGGGGUAUUCCAACUUUAAAUCUUGAUAUACAUAUAAUAUGACACAUCAAAGUUACUUUUGCGAUGCAGAUCUGCG